CGUCACCAUGGCAAGUGUUCGUACGGUGGUCUCUCGCCGUUACCUCCGAUGUGUUACUUUUAUAGUAAUUGGGGCCAUCGCUUGGGUCGGUUUGACAUUUCUCUUUACAUCUGCGCCAACUAACGACGUUUUGGGUAGAAGCGAUUACCCCGGCAUUCCAGACAGGAACUUUAUGCCGAUUAACGACAAUGCCAAAGUAGAACUGGAGGACUAUCUCAAGGCGAAAUUUGGGAAUUCGUGUUACCAGGCGAAAUCGAGGGACGAUCUGACACAGCGAACUCUUCGCAAUCCCAAAGAGCUGGGUCGAAGAGGGUGUAAACAAGAACUACCACAGGCGCUCAUCAUCGGCAUGCGUCAGUGCGGUAGCGAUCGUAUUCAACGUUACCUUCGCUUUCAUCCAGCUGUUGAAGUGAGAACCGACAUUCCUAUCGACUAUUCUGAUAUCUACGAAAAGGGCUUCGAUUGGUACAAAGAACAGAUGCCGUACACGACGGAGGCUCAAGUGACGCUGGACAAACUACCCAACUACUUUAUUUUUCCCGAAGACGCUCCAAAAAGGGUGAAAUAUGGCAUCUCUCCGGCGACAAAACUCAUUGCAGUUGUAUGCGACCCCGUCAGGCGCGCAGUUGCCGAGUACGCUCGCUUGAGCGCUAAGCGGGAGGAGCGCCUUGAAGAUGUCCAGUCGCAUAUCAAAAAAACAUUCGAGAAAUCAGUUUUCGACUCUAAACAUCAAGACAACGUGGCGCACUUGAAUCUUCUUAUUGACAACAGCAUUUACUUCAAGCACCUGCUUAGUUGGAUGCGUUAUUUCCCUCCAGCUCAGAUCUACGUUGUCGACGGUAAGCACUUAAAGUUCAACACGUUCACUGAAUUCCGCAGACUCGAAGAGUUCCUGGGCCUACCGAACUUCUACCAAGAAUCGCAUUUCUCGUUCGAUGACAAUAUACAAGCGUACUGUCUAUCGUUCCCUCAGAAUGUAUGUCCGCGAGUUGCAGCUGAUUUUAUCCCUCGCCCGCGCGUUGAUGACGAUAUUAAGCAGCGUUUGUACGAGUUCUUCGAGCCUUACGACCGCACUUUAGGGGAGUACUUCAAGCAGAAUUUUACAUGGAGAGAAAAGCUGCAAAAUAUGGCUAAUGAACAGGGACAGGGCGAAGAGGUUCAGGACACUCUUAACCAGUUAGUUGACGACGAGGAAACUGUCGCCGGUACGGAUGAUGAUGGUGGACGCGAAGUCAUCAUCAACCAGUUGUUAGCACAGAACAUGCAGAACGAAAAUGGGGACAUCAUUGAACUUCAAGAGCUAGAAGAUUUUGAACUGGCCGAAACGGGGAGUGAAAGUAGCCAAAGUGAUAUUGAGAGCAGUUUUGAAGAACCAAGUGAAAGCGACGACUUACAAAAAAAUUUAAAUCUUCUGGAAGAUAAAUACCCUGGCGGUAUCUUGCCGGAAACAGACAAUCUCAAAAAUCUUCCAAACGCUAAUGGCAAUACAGAUGCCAAGAUGUUGGCGGUGUAGCGCUGCAGUGAUUGAUAUUUUCAUUUGGUCUUUAAAAAGCUGCCGUCUUAGCGUUAUUAUGUUUAGUAAUUGCUCACAGAGGCGACCUGUGUCGUACAUUUCACAGUCACCGUUAUCAAACAAGAGAAACUACUGUAACAGCUUCUAGAAUCGAAUUGCCAAAACUAUACAGAUUUGUCAUCCUCAAAUAUUCCCCGAUAACAACCAUUUUCUGUAUUUGUAAGACCGUUUCACUUUGUUCGCUCAUAGCGACGGUCUAAACUACACUCCGUCCUAUCCUCGGGGGCGGAGCUACGUCACAAGACGUUCCACGUUGCUAAGACGCGCACCACUGUACAUGCAUUUCUAUGGGCUCUGUGCGCGCUGCUGUGGAACGCCCGUCGAGCUGGUGAAAAUUCGAGAAAACAACACAAACUCAACUUUGAAGUAAUCCCGAACAACCAAAUUUAUAUAUCAUACACAAGUAGGGCUAAUCUUUGUUACACCUGUUCAGAGGAGUCUUCAACAAUCAUCCCAAAGUACUGUUUUCUUGCGAGUUUUGGGCCUUUGUUUUCACCGCCGCGGGUUGCCAGGCGGUGAAAAUGCCCGGAUGUCCGCCCCCCCCCCCCCCCGAGGAUAGUGAUUAAGUUGAACACAGCCUGCCGACUCUGAGGGCGCCAUGUUUUGAUAAUGUUAAUUCUAUUCUAUUUUGUUUUUCGCAUUCCACGAACAUUUUCACAGCCAGCAUACCGAUGAACACAUUGGGACAUUUGUCAAACACAUUUUAGUUUUAAUGUAUUGCCAGAACCUAGGACUUAUUUUAAAAAAUGAAAUGUGAAAGGCUGGAGGAAAAAAGACACUCCAUUUCGUACAAUGCACGUAGCGGUGUUUUGGUGCAGAGAGAAUAUUGUCUUCCAUAGUCCCCCAGACAUUGGGGGACUUUUUAUUGCUUAUAUGUUGUCGAAAAGGUUCCUUGUCAGCAUGGGUUAUCUUCACAAUUCCUGUGUUUUUAAUGUAAAUAAAAUUGCCUCAAACACCUUCACCGUGUAACUUGCCUGUUGGCAACCACUACUUACGCAGUGUACACUCUUCUGAGAACACAUCCUUCUUUAUAAUAUUAAUACCUGGAACGAGCAAUGUCUCGAAAUUAUAAUAAAUUAGGAAGCUGCGCAUGCGUGAUCAACUGUUUGUUUUUUUUCAAGUCAUUGUUCGCACUAGAGAUAUUAGGGUUAUACAGUAUUUUUUGUUACAUAUUGUUAACGAAAUUGUUAUCACUUCCCACGAAAAUAAAACAUUCAAGAAACAA